CUUCUCUGAAAAGUGAAAAUCCAUAAUGGAAACUCAACAAAAUCAUCAGCAGGGAAAUGAAGAUGGAGGGAACAAACACAGUAAUUUUCUAUGCAGGCAAAGCAGUACAAGAUGGACACCCACUACUGAGCAAAUAAGAAUCUUGAAAGAGCUUUACUACAACAAUGGAGUUAGGUCUCCAAAUGCUGAGCAGAUUCAGAGGAUCUCUGCCAAGUUGAGGCAGUACGGCAAGAUUGAAGGCAAAAAUGUUUUUUAUUGGUUUCAGAACCAUAAAGCUCGCGAGAGGCAGAAGAAACGCUUCACCAGUACUCCUCCUUCUGCCUCUGAUGUCCCCAUGCACCACAGAUCACCUGCUUCUGGUGUUUGGAAGUACCAACCAGAUCAUCCACUCCCUAACAAUCUUACUGCUGCUGGUUUUCCAUCUUCAUCAAGUUCUUCGCCCGGUUUGCUGAAUGCUGUCCCUGGCUAUGGUUCUGUGGCCAUGGAGAAGAGUUUCAGAGACUGCUCCAUAUCUCCUAGUGGUGAUGGCAAUGGAUCUGGUAUGUGUAAAAACUUUGCAUGGGUUGGAGUCGACCCGUAUUCUUCAGGAGGGGGCUGCCACCCAUAUCUUGAAAAGAGAAAGUAUGUUGAAUAUGAAACCCUAGAAGAUGAAUUGCAGGAAGAAGAAGAACAGGUCCAAGAAAUUGAAACUCUCCCUCUUUUCCCCAUGCACGCUGAACACACUUUCAAGCAAGAACCUAACUUCUAUAAUGGCUGGGAGUACGGCCCGCGGGAUGAAGAUAACAACAACGUGGGCUCGUCUCGGGCUUCCCUCGAGCUCUCCCUCAAUUCCUACUCCGCUAGAUUGCUCAAUUCUCCAUGAAAAUGAAAAUUUUCAGUACCCCCUUGUUAUGAUGAAGGAUUCUAAAUCAACUUACUAACUAUUAUUGCAAGCUUUGAAGUAAUUAAUUUCAGUUCAUCAGUUACUUCUUGUACUUCCUUUUGGUAUCUAUAAAAUAGGGUCGGAGAAUCCAAAUUCU